CGAGAUGGUCGUAGUCAUGCCUGAAAAUGAGAAACGUCCUCAGCUUGAUGUUCACCCACCUUCAUUGCAUAAAAUAAUACCGUUUUAAUUAAAGUUUUUUUUUAAAUGUAUUCUGGUUUUCCUGUGUUCAUGAAAAAUAUUUUGUGACUCAAAUUAAAAAUCAUGGUUAAGGCGAUUGAUUCGUGCACAUUCACCACCCGUUUGCUGAAUCGCAAACAAACAGUCGGUUUGGAUUUUAAUGAAAUUAAAGCCAGCUAGGUAGAUAUUUACUUUGCUAAAUAAGAAUUAAACAACUUUCCUUAUUUGAUAACACGACUUGGGAUGAUGAUUAAACACGAAGGUGAAGGUUGCUCUCGAAGGAAAAAGACUGAUUCUGCACAGAAGACGGACAACUGUGACUCAAACCUGACUGUUAACCUGUCCUCACCUGUGAUAGCUGCAUUCAAAGUUUUUCAGCUGGAGCUUGACACCAAACAUGACAAGUAUGAGCGCUUGGUAAAGCUCAGCAGAGACAUCACCAUCGACAGUAAGAGGACGAUCUUCCUCCUUCAUCGAGUCACCAGUGUCCCGGGUGUGGAGGAGGUGCUGACAGAAGCUGACGUGAAGCUGGACGGAGUCAGACAGAAGAUUGGGAUGAUUGCUGAAGAAAUCAGAGGAGAAGACCUAUACCAGUUCCACAGAGCCUUCACACCAGGUAUCCAGGAGUAUGUAGAGGCUGUUUCAUUCCAUCACUUCAUCAAACAUCGCACUCUCAUCAGCCUGGAAGAAAUCAAUGCCAAGCUGGUCUUUGUGAAGGACUCCGAUGCUAAGGAGACCGCUGAGGGCCAGCAGCCUAUUGGAGCCCAGCAGGUUCUGACCUUUCAGGUGACCCCUACAGACUACCUUUUGGGCGUGGCAGACCUGACCGGGGAACUCAUGAGGAUGUGUAUCAGCAGCGUGGGAAAUGGAGACAUGGAUACGCCCUUCCAGGUGUCUAUGUUUUUACGUCAAAUCCACGACGGCUUCUCCUACAUUGGUAACACUGGUCCUUAUGAGGUUAGUAAGAAGCUCCAUACCCUACGACAGAGCCUCUCCAAAGUGGAGGAUGCCUGCUAUACUCUGAAGGUGCGGGGCUCAGAGAUUCCCAAACACAUGCUUGCUGACGUCUUCUCCAGCAGGACGUCCAUGAUAGACCAGGACGAGGGAGUGGCGUAAUGGUGGGGUGAAGUCUGAUGGCCUGAAGAUGUGGAUUUCCAUUGUGGGGCGUGGCCUAAUGGUGGGGUGGGGUCUGAUGGCCUGAAGGUCUGGAUGUCCAUAGUGGGGCGUGGCCUAAUGGUGGGGUUGGGUCUGAUGGCCUGAAGGUGUGGAUGUCCAUAGUGGGGUGUGGUGUAAUGGUGGGGUGGGGUCCAAUGGCCUUAAGGUGUGGAGGUUCAUAGUGGGGCGUGGUCUAAUGAUGCAGAGCAUGAUUUUGAGGGGUGAAAUUACUCUUAGAUGCUGAUCUUGGGUCAGUGAUGUUCAGUAGUUGGAAGAGAAAAAACUGAUCCUGGAUCCGUACCUCGGGGGAACUGAUCCUGGAUCCGUACCUCGGGGGAACUGAUCCUGGAUCCGUACCUCGGGGGAACUGAUCCUGGAUCCGUACCUCGGGGGAACUGAUCCUGGAUCCGUACCUCGGGGGAACUGAUCCUGGAUCCGUACCUCGGGGGAACUGAUCCUGGAUCCGUACCUCGGGGAAACUGAUCCUGGAUCCGUACCUCGGGGAAACUGAUCCUGGAUCCGUACCUCGGGGAAACUGAUCCUGGAUCCGUACCUCGGGGAAACUGAUCCGUACCUCGGGGAAACUGAUCCUGGAUCCGUACCUCGGGGAAACUGAUCCUGGAUCCGUACCUCGGGGAAACUGAUCCUGGAUCCGUACCUCGGGGAAACUGAUCCGUACCUCGGGGAAACUGAUCCUGGAUCCGUACCUCAGGGAAACUGAUCCGUACCUCGGGGAAACUGAUCCGUACCUCGGGGAAACUGAUCCUGGAUCCGUACCUCGGGGAAACUGAUCCGUACCUCGGGGAAACGGAUCCUGGAUCCGUACCUCGGGGGAACGGAUCCUGGAUCCGUACCUCGGGGAAACUGAUCCUGGAUCCGUACCUCGGGGAAACUGAUCCUGGAUCCGUACCUCGGGGAAACUGAUCCUGGAUCCGUACCUCGGGGAAACUGAUCCGUACCUCGGGGAAACUGAUCCCGCAUCCGUACCUAAGAGGAAUCUUCAUACUGCUUCAUUAUACCGUCAGGAUCUUGUUCAAUAGGAAAAGUUUAUGGAAUAUUGCAGAUGCAAAUGUAGUACAAUGUCAUGAUUUCUUAUUCUAUUGGAAUGUUUAUUUGUAAUAUUUUUCUAUUUCAACAUGCCACUAUGUAUUUGCUUGUUGAGCAGAGCUUAUUAUCAUAGAGAUGUAUAGAAGACUUAACUACCAGGCACAUACUCAUUGAAGACAUUUAACAUUUUAAUGUAGUCAACUAGGUGGGACUUCUAACUACAUUGGAUGACCUUUCCUGAUGACUAAAUCAUGUGAUCAUGUCUCCAACUGGUUCAUCAGCAAGGACAGCCAAUGAAUGAGAGUGAAUUUGUUUCAUUCAGAGAUCCCCUCAAUGGACAUAUGCCAAUGAGGAAACCAAUGCCAUAAUUACAUGUUCCACUGACGAGUCCUCUUUCCAUCUCUGUGCCUAAUGGCCUCUAGUCCCACUGGCAUUCCUGUUUUGGUUCACCUCUGCUUGUUUAAAUUGUGCGUUGUUUUUGUGCCUUUUUUUAAUAUUUUUUUUAUGUUUUUUAAUUUCAUUUGUUGAUUUAACCCAAACAUUGUUAUUUACUGGAGUCAUUUCUAACUUGAAGUUAAUUUAGUUAACAAAAAUAAAAUUGUCGCUAUUACUUUUGUAUUUUUAUUUUUUAUUUUACAAAAGAUAGUGUUAAUAAAGUUCAAAAAACUUUUUGGAA